GUCAGCGUCGUAUUUUGCGGUGGUGCAGCACCGUCGACCGUCGAGCAUCAUCUACUACUGGCUGCGAGGAGUCGAGAAUCUGUUCGAAGAAUUUUGACUAGUAUUGGAGUGAGCCUAUUCAAGCAAAGAGAUGUUUAGCUUUCAUAAACCCAAGAUAUAUCGUUCAGCCAAUGGCUGUUGCAUCUGUAAGGCUAAGUCUUCAAGUUCUCGUUUCACUGACAGUAAGAAGUAUGAGCCAGAGUUUGAUAGAUGCUUCAGCAUAACAGAGAAACGGUCAGGUGAGAUCUGUAAUGCCUGUGUGUUGUUGGUGAAGAGAUGCAGAAAGUUACCUCCUGGAACAGACAGGAAUUGGCACCAUGUGGUAGAUGCUAGAGCUGGUCCUGGAACUAAAUCAAGUAACAAACCAAAAAACAAAAAGAUUGAAAAUCAAGAGAAAAAAUUUAUAAAAGAGAAACUAGAAAGAAUCCCAUCUUCAGGAGGAUUAUCAGAUGAUGUUAUGGUUUGUGAUGAUAGUUUAUCAGAGUCAUCAAAUCUGUCACUGUCACAUAGUCAAGCACCUAGUCCUUCUCCAAGUAACUAUUCUGAGGAUUCUGGUAUAAUUGAAGAACAGGAUGAAGAACUGGAAAAAGAAAAACCAUUGCAGAAAAGGAAAUGCAAUAAUCCUCAAAAAUUGGAUAAAUUAAAAGUCUUUCAAAACACACUCAAUUUUUCAUUCAUUGAUACUACUUAUUGGCAAAAAGAGAAAACUUGUUGCGGAACCAUAUACAGAGGACCAAAUAAUGAAGUCCUAAUUUAUCCAAUGCUGCUUCAUCCAUGCACAUGUAACAAUAAUACAACUCAGGAAGGAAAUACUCUGAAACAUAACAUCAAAUCAUCUAGUGGAUUGCAUGCUUCAUUCCAUUCUGAUUCAAGAAAUGAAUUGAAUAAUGGAAAAGAAUGGAAUAAUGAUUAUGAAAACGAGUCUCAUAGUGAAGAUGAAGAAAUGUUUGAUAUUAAUUAACAUUGUUUUAUUAUAGGAAGUUCAAUUCUAUAAAAUGGAAGUUCAUUGAUGUUAUAUAUAUAUAGAGAUAUAUAUAAGUAUAUACAUACAUAUUUGUAUGUAUUAUGAACUUUCACUCUUUUUUUUUAAUCAGAUUUUAA